AUCGAUUCUCUUCGUUCUAGUGCAGUGUUAAGCAUGGCUGCUUAUGGAGCUUUGGUUUCUCUUUUGAAUAUCAUCGAUACCAUCGAUAAACAUCCUUCCCCUCCCAUUUCUAUCCACAAAGAGCAAGUUGAAUCCCUCACUCAAAAUGUUACCUUCUUGCUGGAAUUUCUUGAUGGUUAUAUUUCCCCAGUUGUUGCUGAUGGCUGUGAAGCUGAUCCAUUGGAGCGUCGCAUUGCUGAUGCAGUUUAUGCAGCUGAGGAUGUUAUCGAAUCCCAAAUUCUGCUUCAGAUUCACAAUCGAUCCACAUUUGUUGAAAAUCAUGACUUCUAUGAUGAUCUACAGAAAGUGAUAGAAGAAAUGAAUCUCAUCGAGAAAGAGGUGAAGACGAUUACAGAUGAAGCUCUUUUGCAGCAAAAGCCCACCGGUGAAUUGACAUCCUCUUCGACCGUGAAGGAACACGUGAUGGUGGGGUUUGAAGAAGUUUUUCUUGAAGUGUUGGAUAAGCUCACUGGAGAUCGACUCCACCGCCAAAUCAUCCCCAUCACGGGGAUGGGCGGAAUUGGUAAGACCACUCUUGCCAAAUAUCUAUUUGAGGAUGCACUUGUUAAGGAGCAUUUUGAUAUUCGUGCUUGGAUUACAAUUUCUCAAACUUAUAAUGUGAAAGAAAUACUUAGAGAAGUUUAUAUUCAAGCAAGUGGAGGUUCAAGUAGUGACAUGAGUGAACUUAGUGAGAAUGAAUUAGGAGAAAAAUUGUACAAGUUUCUAUAUGGCAGAAGGUAUCUUAUAGUAAUGGAUGAUAUGUGGAGCGUAGAUGUGUGGCAGAAGAUAAAAAUGUGGUUUCCUAUUUAUAAAAUUGGAAGUCGAAUAAUCGUAACAACUAGGUUGUCAAACUUGAGUUCUCAGUUGAACGAGUCUUGUACAGUUGCUAUGAGAUUUCUAGACCAGGCUAGUAGUUGGGGAUUGUUUUGUAAGAUUGUGUUUGGAGAAGAAAGUUGUCCUCUUGAUUUGGAGAAUACUGGAAAAAAUAUUGUAGCAGAUUGUAAAGGGCUUCCUUUAUCAAUUGCUACGAUUGCAGGUCUUUUGGCAAAAUCAGAGUGCACAAGAGAAUGUUGGGAGCGUAUGGAACAAAAUUUAAAUUCAAUUGUUAUUAACAAUAAUGAUGAAUUUUGCUUGAAAGUAUUAAGGAUGAGCUAUCUCUAUCUGCCAAACUAUUUGAAGCCAUGUUUUUUGUAUAUGGGUGUUUUUGAGGAAGAUCGAAGAAUUCGUGUAUCAAUGCUUGAGAAGCUAUGGGUUUCCGAAGGCUUUUUGAAGCCGCAGAGUGGGAAAUGUUUGGAAACGAUUGCGCAAGAGUACCUUAAGGAGUUGGUUGAUAGAAAUCUUAUUUUAAUUGAUAAGUUGGGGUCUAUUGGAAAGAUUAAGUAUUGUAAAGUUCAUGAUUUGUUGAGAGAUUUGUGUUUGAAAGAGGCUGAAAAAGAAAUGUAUUAUCACGUCUUAAGAGAUGAUCCUCUACGCAUAAAUAGCGCACGUCGGGUUGUUCUUAAGACCAGAGGGUCGAUAAUGAGUGAAGUCUUUAGAUCUUUGUCACAUGCUCGCUCCUUAAUAUGUGAUUUUCAAGAGGGGGAUGGAGACGUUCGACUACCUCACAAUCUUGGAUUGUUGAGGACAUUUAAAGCAUAUGAUGAUAACUCUAAUUCUUGGAAUAGUGUUCAUUAUCUAGAUAAUGUGUUUGAAUUGGUGAACUCGCGGUAUCUUGCUGUUAGAAUCCAUGACGAGUCCAAAUUCCCUUCUUCGAUUGAUCUGCUUUGGAAUCUGCACACAUUGAUCAUUUAUUGUUCGAAUGUUCUUAUUGUACCGACUGAAAUUUGGAAAUUGCAUCAACUUCGACAUCUCGUGUUUGAGGAAGGCGAGGUGAUUCUCACAUGUCCUCCAAGUAGCGAUAAUGACAUUGUUAUCUUGGAGAAUCUGGAGACACUCAAAGGAGUUCAAAAUUUAUUCUUGAAUGAGGAAGUGGUUAAAAGAAUUCACAAUGUGAAGAAAUUGCAUCUCAACUACUAUGUCAAUCAAAUGAAAGGAGGAAAUUGUCUCAGCCAUCUUCAGUGUUUAAGUAGAUUGGAAAACUUACGUUGUGAAAUCGAAAAUAUAUGUAAUGAGUAUUUGCAGCGGAUUAUGUUCCCACACUCCCUCAAGAAGUUGUGUAUUGUGGUCUCCUAUGAUGUGGAGUUGGAGUUGGAAGACAUGAUGCUGAAAAUCGGUUCAUUGCCCCUUCUCGAGAAGUUUGUAUUAAAAGGUGGCCGCUUCAUAACACGCAAGUGGGAAACAGUUGAAGGCCACUUCCUGAGCCUAAAGUUUCUACGGUUGCAGUCCUGCGACGGUCUACAAGAUUGGAUUGUGGCGGAUAGCUCCCACUUUCCACUUCUACAGAAGGUUCGCCUUUGUUAUUUAGGUCGACUGAAGGAGAUCCCAUCGGAAGUUGGAGAAAUAGCAACGCUAAAAUCAGUUUUAUUGGAUUAUUGUAGUGAAUCAGCGGUAGUGUCUGCUAAAAAGAUAGUAGAGGAACAAGAGGAUUUAUACGGAGACGAACUAGACCUUCAUGUUCGAGCUAUAGUUUAUGAGAAGCAAAAGGAGCUGAAGAGCUUGGCAACGACCAACUUUGAAGUUAAAGUGGGAAUGUUUUAGUGUUGGAUUUCAUGUAGCAUGGAAAAGUAGUGUUGGGCCUCACUUCCUCUUCCAUUCCAACUCAAGAAUAGAAGAUGCUGAAACCGUGAAGCCCGAGCUAGCUUGUUAGAAUGGAAUAGAAGCAUUGAAGAUCUUAGUUUGUUUCGAGGUGUAUGUAAAUGCGCAAGCCCAACCACAACUGCAACUGCAACCGCAACCGCAACAAUUGAAGAGGACUUCUUUCAUGAACUUCAACAAGUGAUAGAAGAGUUGAAUCUGAUAAGGAAAGAAGCCAUGGAGAUUGUAGUUGUCACUCGGCUGCAGAGAGAGGUUCCCUGUGCUAGCUCGUUGACAUCUUCUUCCACCGCGAAGAAAAACGUGAUGGUGGGCUUUGACGAUGUAUUUCUUGAAGUUUUGGAUAAGCUCACUGGAGAUCAACUCAACUGCCAAGUCAUCCCAACUGCCAAGUCAUCCCAUUCACAGGGAUGGGUGAAAUUGGAGUUUCUUGAUGCUUAUAUUUCCCCUGUUGUUGUUGAUGGCCGUGAAGCUGAUCCAUUGGAGCGUCGCAUUGCUGAUGCAGUGUAUGCAGCUGAGGAUAUUAUCGAAUCCCAAAUCGUGUUCCUGAUUGGCAAACAUUCCACUAUCGGUGAAGAUCAUGACUUCUAUCAUAAUCUACAGACUGUGAUAGAAGAAAUGAAUCUGAUAACGGAAGAGGUGAACAAGAUUUCAGUCCAAGCUCGUCCGCAGCAAAAGCCAGUUGCUGCCUUGGCAUCUUCUUACUCUAUGAAGGAAAACGUGAUGGUCGGAUUUGAUGAGGUGUUUCUUGAAGUUUUGGAUAAGCUCACCGGAGAUCAACGCAACCGCCAAAUAAUUCCCAUCGUGGGGAUGAGCGGUAUUGGUAAGGCCACUCUUGCCAGAGAGUUAUUUGAAAAUGCACUUGUUAAAGAGCAUUUUGAUAUUUGUGCUUGGAUUUCAAUUUCUCAAAGUUACAGUGUUAGAGAAAAACUUAGAGAAAUUUAUAUUCAAGUACAAGGGCAUUCAAGGAAUGAGAAUGAAAAAUUGAGUGAUCUGAGUGAGAACCAAUUAGGAGAAGAAUUAAACAAAACUUUAUAUGGCAGGAGGUAUCUCAUAAUAAUGGAUGAUUUGUGGAGUAUCGAGGUGUGGGAUAGGAUCCACUUUUUCUUUCCUAGUGGAAAUAAUAGGAGCCGAAUAAUUGUAACAACUAGAAUGUCAAAUUUGAGUUCUCAAUUGAAUGAGUUUUAUAGAGUUGGUAUGAAAUUUCUUGGGGAUUGUUUUGUAAGACUGUGUUUGGGAAAGAAUGUUGUCCUCAUUUGUUUGAGAAAAUUGGAAAGAAUAUUGUAGCAAAUUGUAAAGGACUUCCUUUAUCAAUUGCUAC